AUGUUUAUUUAAGCUUAAAUACCAAGAACUCGUUUGGCCAUCACUCCAACAAAUGUGAGAUCAUUUUGCCUCGAUUCAACUCCCAACAGAUCAUAGUUAAAUGUGCCACAACGAUUUGAUGAAAAAUAACUAUAUGGAUAAGUCAAUGAUCGCUAGAAACUUAUUAUUCAUUCGAGCAAAGAGAAUCUUACAAGAAUCCCUGGCAAUUCAUUUUGUCAAAGUUCCUCCUUGAAAGAACUUCAAAAUUAAAUCUCAGAACUAAUCUAAUAAAGAGAUACAAUGUAAUACACACUUUAGGAAGCAAUUCGAAAAAGCAAUAUUAUGGAAUAGCAGCUAGAAUAACUACAAAACAAGAAGAUUGAGUAGGCCAUGUAAUUCAAGAUCAAUAUCGAUUAGUUUCAAGAACAAAUUAAUAUAUUAGCAAAAAAACUGCAAGAUCUCAUUAAUUAUAAUGAUCAACUCUAGUAACAGUUUUAGAGUCAAUAAUUUUAUAUUGAAGAACUAGAAUUCUAAGAAAACGACCAGUUUAAUAUUACUCAUAACUUUGGAUAAAUAUGA